AUGGUAGAGGAGUUAAGCGAAAAGUUUGAGUCCUCCACACGUGUUUCUAUUACCAGAAACACGUCAAUAAACCAAACGCAAGCCCCUCUCAGGAGGCAGCGGACGUUUACCUACAAACAUAGGCGAAAUGACGAAGGAGAGGAGGAUGUAACUAUUAUAAAACACCUAGUUAAACGGGAAAAGACUGAAGAAGAUAAGGUGUUUCUACGGGAAGUGCUCAGUAACAACAUUGUAUGUAACUCACUGAACGAAUAUGAAAUUGAAGCCUUUGUCGACGCAAUGUCCUAUUUUGUAUUCCCAAUCGGGUCUACAAUCACUAAACAAGGCACACAUGGCUCAUAUUUCUUCGUUAUAAGUGAGGGUAACUUUGAAGUCUUUGUGAAUGACAAGCCAGUUAAAGUUUUAGGACGAGGUAAAUCGUUUGGGGAAAUUGCACUCAUCUAUGACUGUCCUAGAAGUGCGACAAUAAGGGUUAAGGAUGUGGAUGUAAAGAGCUCUAAAGAUACUCUAGGAGGACUUUGGGGAGUCACGAGAGUAGUCUUUCGCGAAACCUUGAUGCAUCUAUCAACACGGAACUAUACCGAAAACAGAGCGUUUCUAGACGGUGUUAACAUCUUUGGGAUACUUUCUGAAUCUCAGAAGAAUAUUAUAACAAGUGCCCUCGUGGAUUCAAAGUUUCAACCUGGAGAUAAAAUUGUAACUCAAGGAGAAUAUGGAGAUAUUUUGUACAUUAUAAAACAAGGAAAGGCAGAUGUAUUUAUAGAUGGUGAAAAGGUUAGAACUCUAAAUAAGGGGCACUAUUUUGGCGAACGUGCAUUACUAUACGAUGAACCAAGAAGUGCUACCGUGGAAGCAACUGAAGAAACCCUUUGUGUUUCGCUUGGAAGGGAAAUCCUAACAAAGGUCUUAGGAAACCUAAACAAUGUAUUAUCACGUAAUAUAAUGAUGGAGUAUUUGCAAAAUUCGAGCCUGCUCCGGCAAUUUACAGCUGAACAGCUUACAGAACUCAUAGAAUCUGCGAGUAUACGAGACUUUCAACCAGGAGAUAUUAUUCUACACAAGGAAGAAAAAAUAAAGGGUAUUAGGUUCUUUAUAGUUCUUGAAGGUUAUGUUCAACUACUCUACGAAAAUACUGAGAUGGGAAUAAUGGAAAGGGGGGAUUCAUUUGGAGAAGAAUAUAUUCUAUCACCUGACUUACAGUUUGCGCACACCGUUAAAUGUAUUACGCGUGGAAAGAUUCUUAUAGGUUGUAAGAUUGCAUUGCUGACGAAGCAUGCACUAGAUAUGAUAAUCGGAACCGGUUAUAUUGAUGAAAAACUGGACUAUAAUAACAAAAUGGCAGUAAUCAACAAGAUGUAUAUUUUCAGAUACUUGUCCAAUAAACAACGUGAUACACUUAUAAAGGCUUUCAAAACUGUGCGGUAUAGUAAAGACGAAGAUAUUAUUAAGGAAGGAGAAUAUGGCGAUGCUUUUUAUAUUAUAAAUAGAGGGGAAGUUGAAAUUACCAAAAAUGGUGUUCAUAUACGCACAUUGGGAAAACACGACUAUUUUGGCGAACGUGCAUUACUAUACGAUGAACCAAGAAGUGCCAGUGUUUCAUGUACCAUUACAGACGUUGACCUAUGGGUUGUAGAGAAAUCUGUAUUUCUUCAAAUUGUAGAACCUCCCAUGUUGACUCAUUUGGAAAGCAGAAUUCGGAUACAAGACACGAAUGUGCUUUUUGAAGACUUGGACGUGAUUAAGAACAUAGGAAAUGGAACAUUUGGAAUUGUAAGAAUGGUCAAUCACCGACCCACUGGUAUACGCUUUGCACUCAAAUGCGUAAGUAGGCGGUGUAUAAGAGCUCAAAAGCAGCAAAAACACAUAAAGCUGGAAAGGGAAAUUAUGGCCCAAAAUGAUCAUCCCUUUAUUAUCCAACUAGUAAAAACGUUCAAAGAUUCUGAAAACAUUUACUUCUUGACGGAACUAAUCACUGGCGGUGAAUUGUACGAUGCAAUACGUAAAUUGGGGUUACUAUCAAGACCGCAGGCGCAAUUUUAUUUAGCGUCAAUAAUUUUGGCGUUUGAAUACCUCCAUGAAAGACAAAUCGCAUACCGGGAUUUGAAACCCGAAAAUAUCCUUUUGGAUCACCAAGGAUAUAUUAAACUAAUAGAUUUUGGUUGUGCCAAAAAGAUCAAUGGAAGAUCAUAUACACUCAUUGGAACGCCACAUUACAUGGCUCCAGAAAUUAUUCUAGGUAAAGGAUAUAGUUGUUUGGCCGAUAUUUGGUCGUUUGGAGUCUGCCUCUAUGAAUUUAUUUGUGGACCACUGCCCUUUGGCAGUGAUGCUCAGGAUCAAAUUGAGAUAUUUAGGGAUAUUCUGACUGGAGAACUCACAUUCCCAGAUUAUGUCAAAGAUCAAGAGGCUAUGAGUUUGAUAAAGAGUUUUUUGUGUCGAGUGCCAGAGAUACGUAUUGGAGCUUCGGUGAAUGGAUUCAAGGAUAUAAAGGAUCAUGUGUAUUUUAAGGGUUUUGAUUGGGAUAAGCUUGCCGGAAGAGCCAUUGUCCCUCCAUUGAUUCCUCAAGGUGAAGUGUAUAAUGAAGAAGAUAACGAACAGCCCGAGAUUUCCGACCAAAGUGAUCUGCCGGACGAAGACGACGGAUGGGAAAACGAGUUUUAA